CCUGGUUUGAAGAGUCGUUGUCAUCUGGCUGUGAGUGACUGACUUUUCUGAUCUUCUCCUCUCACUCUUGCUCCUAAACUCCUGAAAAAUAACAAUAAGAAAAACAUAUUCUGACAACAAAAGAGAAAAGUAUCCUCAGCAUCUGAUCUUCACCAGAUCUAUUAGAGAAUCUGAGGGAUUCGCCUGAAUCAAGAUGCUGCUGAUCAUUGAAGCUCUUCUUCUCAUUUUAGCUACUCUAGGACAGGAUCACAGAACAGCUGUUGAAGGACAGAUAUUUCCACUGGAUAUGGCACUGAAUUCAGUUGAUGACCAAUAUAAGGGCUGUAAUUUGAAAAUGGCAUAUUGUGUGAUAACUAAAUAUCUGAAGGAGGAACUCAAUAAGUCACCUGAUUUUAGAAAUGCUUGGAAUCAGGCUAAAAAGAAUGUUACCCGUAGUUUGAAUAUUUUCAGUAGAUUUAGAAAAAUGGCUAUCUGGGUGUACACUGACCCAAUUUCUAAAAUAUAUAUUAAACUCAACAAUGACACUCGUAAUGGCAAACAAACCUACACAGCCAAGACAUACAAAUGGUAUUCACUUCACUUUCUGUUAACAGAUGCGAUACAGAGUCUGAAGAAAAAAAAUCAAUGCUAUACAACUUAUCGUGGUACAAAUGUUAAAUUUAAUGUGCCUGAUUUUACAGCAGUUCGUUUUGGCUCAUUUACAUCCACCACUGUUUAUGCUGGCAGGGCACAAGGUUUUGGAAAUGUAACUUGUUUUGUAAUCCACACUUGUGAAGGUGCUGAUAUUGCAAAUUAUUCUAGGCUUCCAUUUGAAGGAGAGGUGCUGAUUCCUCCAUACGAGACGUUUAGUGUCACUGUUGUCAAAAACAUUAAACCCAAUCUCAAGUGUCAGACUAUGUUUGAGUUGAAAAGCACUGGAAUAAGAAGUGACUUAAACUGUGCUCUAUUCAAAAAACCAACCAAGACCAAGAAAUGUAUGUUUUGCCCUUAGCUGAACUAAGUGCUUUUAAUGUAACCGGUUCCACAAAAUUCAACAAACUAUUUUUAAGUGUAAAUUUUAGUGCUUUAGCACCCACACACACACACACACACACACACACACACACACACACACACACACACACAUAUAUCUUUUUCUUUCAUUUACAAAAUUUUGUUGCAUCACAUUACUGAACAACAUUGUUGUGGUUUGCUAUAAUCAAUCUUUUAUGGCAAUGCGACAUAAUACAUAUUGGCAAUAUCAGAUAUUGUAAAAAUGUUGUUUAUUCUGUUUACUUAAGUGUAAAACAUGAACAAACUUUCAUUCCAUACAAUUUCAUUAUUUUAUUAUUAGUAUUAGUAGUAUUUGCAGCAGCAUGCUAAUGUUCACCACUGCUUGCUAAAAAUGUUCAAUAAACUGUAUUUGGUUAAAUGGGCUUGUUGUAGACUUUUUUAUAAAAACUGUAAUUGUGUUUUUCUCAGUGUACAUUCAGUGAACAACUUAUAUUUUUUUAAAUAUAGGCAUACAUUAUAUAUAUAUAUAUUUUUUCAUAUGGCCACUAAUUACCAGAUAGACUGACAAUUUGUGCAUGUUGUGGAACCACAAACAGACCAGACGUGUUGCAUUAUCUGAUGAGCUAAACUGGUUUACAUGAGCUGAAUGCAUCAAUAUCACACUUCAGCUCACAGCAAGCUAAAUACAGAAUGAAUGUUAACUUUUUAGUACCACAUUUGAACUUGAUAAUUAUAUUCUUAAUGUUUUAAAGUUACCUAUUCUUUGACUUUUGUCCAAUUAAAAGGUUGUUAAGAGCUUUUGAUAUUGUUGAAUUGCUGAAAUCUGUUUGAGGUUAAUGGUGAAUUAUUUAUAAAGUUAAUGAGAGACUGCAUGAACAUAAAUGUUACAAUUUUGAAAAGUGUAGGAAUAAUAAUGUUGGCCAAGAUAUUUUUUAUUUAUUUGUAUA